AUGGCCACUCUGAAGUACUACCGCAUCAACGACGACGGCUCGGUGAAGCAGCUCCGCCGUGAGUGCCCGUCGCCCGAGUGCGGUCCCGGUAUCUUCAUGGCCUGGCACCACAACCGCCAGUACUGCGGCAAGUGCCACCUGACCUACCUCUUCCAGGAGGGCACGCAGAAGCCUGAGUAG